GGGAUCGGUACCAAAACGGGAAAGGGGAGAGAAGGAUAAAUGACAGAGAGACGAAUUGGGAGAGAGAAAGGGAGAGAGAAGCUGCGAGAAAGACUACUUGAAUCAUGUGCAAACAUCAAUAACGUAACAGAUUCGAUAUGAUCUCUGCAAUGCCAGCAGUUGCAGUGAGGAGGGAGAGGAAGAAGAGUAAAUCUCAAAGGGCAGGAACCAAGGGGGGAAGGCAAGGUAGCCUCAGCACAAUUAGCAGCACGGGAGCUCAAGCAUCGUACGGAUCACGAACUCGUGAGUUUUUUAGACGUGAUAAAAAGAAUUUACGUAUUUUAGUGUACGGAGGGACUGUUCUGAUGGGUUCUGGACUUAUUUUAGUAUUUAUUGGAGUAGGAACAAACGCUUCCGCAUUUCAAUCAGUCGGUUUGUUAUUCAUUGGGCUUGGAAGUUUACUGUGCCUCAUCAAAAUAUUUUGUGGUAAUUCUCCAAGAGAGGGACGUGACGACAGGAAACGUCAGCAAGAAGGAUCAUCUACGGUCUCACCUUCAUACCUUUCACCUGUGCUAAUAGAAAACACGGAUCCACCGGUUGUUAUGGUUCAAACUCUACCUUUAUCCGAUGUGGAAGAGGGGGAUAGAGAAUCGAUUGUGGCAAAUAAUUCUCCAACGGUCAAAAACACAGUGCCUGAGAUGCAAGUACUCAUAACUGAUAACUUAAAAGAACGUUACUGAACUUAACUCGAAAGAUUUUUAUGACAAUAUAUAUAUAUAUAUAUAUACAUUGAAGAGAAAAAAAAUCAUAAAUAAUAAUUUAAAUUUAUAAGAAAAAAAAAUACAUCAAGUUGAAUCGAUAAAUGUACAAAAUAAUCGGAUUUUUGUGAUUGACAAGAAGCCUUCUUUAAUAUGUCUUUCUAUAAUUAUGUAUCGAAUAUUUAAUAAUCUCAUUUGAGAUGUUAUUAAUUUAUUAUUAACAUGAGCAUUUGUAAAAUCAUAAUUCAGCAUCAAAAAAUACAAAUAUAUAUAUAUAUAUUACAUGUGUAUAUAUAUAUAUAUUAGAAAGUGCUUCAGUGCCUUCACCUCAUAAAUCUUUGCAAAGGGAUUUUGUUCCAAGCAAAGGGAACUUUUUGUACUUUUAUCUCUCUCUCUCUCUCUCUCUCCUUUUCUUUAUUUUCUCCAAUUUUUUUAUUUAGUGCUGAAGCAGUAUAAACAUUAUCUCGACAUAUGCGAACAAAUUUCGUGACAGGACAGACAAAAUACAUUACAUUACGCACAUUAACGACACACGACGAGUUUCAUGUUUAAAAAAAUAAUAAUAAUAAAUGAAAAAAACUUCGUCUGAAAGGAAAAAGAUCUAUCUGAAAACAAAGAAAAAGUAGAUAAUAAUAUAAAAUAACCUUCUAUCGUGCAAAGAAGUACUUAAGAAACUCUCUAAAGCAAUUUAAAUAGGGAAGAAAAAAAGAUGGAGAAGCUUCGAAUCGUCUCUUAAAACACUAUUAUUAUUAUUAUUAAUUUUUUCUUUGAAAAUAUAUUCUAAUUGCAGAUUAUACUAUGGAGAUUUACACUUAUUAUACAGUAUUAAGCAUUUAAAAAUGUUUAAUUUAAAGCAUUAUAAAGCCAAAUAAUUAAACAAGAAGAUAUCUUCCUCGUAUGUGUUCAAGGUGCUAAAUGUGAAAGGUUUCUUAAAUGCAGUGUACAGUAAAAAGAAAUUCGCUUUUGUUUCGCUCUAUUUUAGAGCAUACGUUCUAUAUCAGGACUAUGCAGACAAAUUUUUAUUGAAAUAAAUCGUUUUUGUACGAUUAAAAUAUAUAUAAAGAUACUUAUAUGUAUAUACAAAACGUAUUAUAACUUAGCUGGAGUACGUUUACAAAAUUAUUGAUUGGCUUCUAUAAACUAUAUAUGCAUCUAUGUUUGACUGUAUUCUGUGAUUUACAUAUACUUUUUAAGAUCGGAUCGCUGUUUAUAAGCCCAAUUACCAGGUGUAGAAGGUCUAAAAAAAAAAAAUAAAAAGGAAAAUUUGUGAAUUUUUCCACACGUUUCUUCGUUAUCUGGUCUAGAAACGACAAGGAUCUUUCGCUUCCAACAGCCAUUAAUUUCAUAAUAUUUAUGAUGCUAUGCAGUUGGAUAAUUUACUUUAGUAUUUUUCAACCAUUAAAUCUUAUACUUGGCUUUAAUUUAUUCUUUAGAAUAGUAAAUUUUUAGAUAUAAUUAAAUGCGCUUCUUGGCCAGCACUCGGAAAGGAUGAUAAAUAAAUAUAAGAUAAGUAAAUAAAUAAUGAGUAAACUUUACAUUUUUUCGUCACUUCACCAAGUGUCCUCAUCACGAAUGUACACAAAACCAUGCAAACAAAUAAAAAACAAAAUAUUUUUUGCCUUCUAUAGACCCACUUGGAAUUGGUCUUCGCACUGCCCUUCGUUUGAAAGGAUUUAUCAAUAGCUGUUCUUUUCUCUUUGUAUCAAACUUAUGAUAAAUUUUCUGUAAAAAAAAGUAUUAAAAUUC